AGCAGCACCAGACAGCACCACCGCGGCCGAGUUACGUGCUGAGGGGAAGGCAGCGCCCAACGUCACCAGACUGGGCCAGACUGGUCAAUUCAUCGAUAGCAGCUACAUCGCCUCCACACGUCGACCGCGUUGACCAGAACGUCCCCUGCAUGGUCACAUGCGCCUGGUGACUGACAGAGUGGCAGGCGACGUGAAGUCUGAGACAUCUGGUCGCUCUGAUUCUUUGCUAGCAGGGCAUCGCGCCUGCGACCACAGAGACUCACCCUUGGUCUCCAUCGCACUGGAGGUGCCUGUGUGAGGUUGACUGUUAUGUUGCUUUGAAUUUCCUUCCUGCGAGUCCGUCCACCCCAGUCAAGGCACCUGCCACUCUUGAUAUCGUUUGAAUCCGUCAGGACGGCAGGGCGACGAACGGCCUCGCUCUUUAUUCUCGAUGAGCCGGCCCUCUCCCGCGACCCUCCUUCCAUCGUUAUAUCCCAGUAAGAUUGUGUUUGAUGUCUGUUGAAGCACCUGUCGCGCCAUAUCCGGCUAGCAGCUGCAUCGCGCCUCCAUCUUGUCAGACGUGCUGCGUAUCGAGUCGAAACGACCCCGUCAGCUCCUCCUGCGACAGGCCUCCUCCUCUGUGUGCCUAGCCAGCUCACACAUGCAACUAUGGCCUAUAAAUCCUCCUUCCUCCCGCGACUAGGCCUGUCCAGAGAUGCGCCACCACUGCUCCCGUUCCAUACAAACCAAAGCGUCACGGACCCUCCCCUGAGGGCCAAGCGGAGCGAAUACGACAUGGCCGAGCUCUCUCCUCGACCCGAUUCCUAUCCCUCGUCGCCACCUACCAACGAGCCCUACGCCGACCACCCCUCCGCGCGAUCCGACACCGAAGACUCUGGAAUGGCGAGCCCAUCCACCCCGACGCGCCCCAAGAGCGGCCAGCGCGUACUCUUCGCUGGCCCGCCCGCCCCGAUUGCCACCUCCACUCUUCUGUACAAGGACAUCGAGGGAGGCAGGUCGACCUCGAUGGCGAACCGUCAACAAGACCGCUUCUCUGCGGCGCAAGCCCUGGGUAGCGUGCUGUUCAGCCGUAGGGGCGGGUCAUCGUCGGCGAGGGAGCGCAGCCCCAAGUAUGAGGCGGACUCGGCUUGGCAAAGCUUUGCCCGCCGCGAGAAGGCUCUUCAGAGAGACGCACAGAACCUCCUGGAUGUGCAGGCGGCCGGCCUAUCAGCCGGGCUGGGCCGACCCAUGAGCGACAGCGCCGCCUCCUCGGACGCCGCGGCCAGCGACAUGUUGGGCAACAACAGUCGCACCUCGUCCGCCGACCGCCACAGCUCCCGGACAAACCCCCAGGCGCACCAGCAACACCCGUUGUCGCAAUCGCGCAUAGACCCACCGGUCAGGUCGAACGCGAACGGCGGGGUGAUACCGGUGCGGCAGCCGCGCGCGAAUCCGAUAGGCCUGCGGGCCGCCAGGGCGGGGCUCGGGCGCACCAUGUCGCUGCUGGCGGACCUCAAGGCCGAGGAGGACGCGACGCUCGAGGCGGCCCUCGCGACCCGCAAGGCCGCCCUCGUGCGCGCCCGCAAGAUGUCUACGCGCCGCAAGGGCCUGGCUGACGAGCUGUGCGCGCUCGAGUCGGACGAAGAGGACCCGCUGGCACAGGAGCUGCGCGGGCUGCAAGGGGAGCACGAGGACGUCUGCACCCAGAUCACGGAGCUGGAGGAGCGCCUGGCCCUCCUCCGCGGCCGCCGCGGCCGCCUAGAGGACGACCUAGCGACCCUAACCAACCGGCGCGAUGCCGGCCUGAGCGGCUACCACGGCGCGCUGAAGGAGGUGGACGCGCAGAUAGCUGCCCUGCUUCGGCGCCCGCCUGUGCUGCCCUUGGAUAUGGCUGCACUUGCCGCGGUCUCGGGCGGCGCCAUCCCUGACGACGCCUCUCCCGGCGGGCUAGAGUUCCUCCACCUGCGUCCCGAGAGGCGGACCAUUGGCAUGGCCACCGACUGGUGGACUAAGGAGGUGGAGAUACUCGAGCAGCGGAAGUCGGCCGUCGAUAAAGAGCAGCAGGCCCUCGAGGAGGGGGCCGAGGUGUGGAGCCAGGCAGUCAAGCUCGUCUCCGACUUCGAGGCCGACCUGCGGAAGCAGAUGACUGGCGAUGACAAGGCAGACCAAGGCGCCGAGCCCGGCACGGACGGCACCUUUGGGCUACAGCUGAAGAAAAUGCGGGCCGUCAUCGCCGGCCUGGACGGUCUCCUACAUACCGUCGAGCGCAAAAACUGGAACCUGCUCAUCUGCGCCAUCGGUGCCGAGCUCGAGGCGUUCAGGGAGGCCUUCAUGAUGCUACGCGACGCCCUGAUGUGGGUCGAGACCGGCGAGGAGACGCCUCGCCUCGCCCGCUCCGCCGUGAACAACGCGGAGCCUGCCGCGAACCGGCAGAAGAAGGAUGGGGAGGAUAAGGAGGACAAGAAGGAUGGUGAGGACAAGGAGGACAAGAAGGAGAGAAGCAAGGGUAACGACGCCCUGGUAGAUCUCGAGCAGGACGACCACGGCGAUCGAGAAGAAGCCGCACCAGCACCAGCACCAGAAAAGGCGGCCGCCCGCGACGAGCAGGCUCAGCGAGGCGCGGACUCGGACUCUGUCCCUAGCCUCGACAGGGACGAUAGCGAGAACGAGAUACCGCUCGAGUUUCUAAUGGAACAUGCAGCAUGAGACUAGAAUGAUGGAUUUUUUAACGAUGCUACAAGACGUUACGAGAAUACCCAAGUUGGUGGCUUGGGACGAGUACAGGAUCGCCGUUGGAUUAUGAGGGCAGAGGUACAAUGAGAUGAGCACGGAACCCCCCAUUUUUUUUUUCUUUCACACUGGGUUGAUCAUCGUUCUGAACAUGCGUUGGGCGUUUGGGGUGCGCGGAGAUAAUUCCAUGUUUUCCACUUUGGUACCUUUCUGCAUGUCACGCGACCCGAGCCAUG